UAAUCCUCAUUGAAGAGGAAGAAGAAGAAGAAGAAGACGCAGUCUACGUGGUUGCUAGGGUGUUAGAACCAGAUACUGAAUAAAGCGUCCCUGGAAGCUCCAUCAGCGGAUUCUGUUUUGAUAUGUUGUGGUUGUUUCGGUAGCCGACCCAGUGCAACUGUUAUACUCAUUUGUAAGGGAAAAUGUCGAUUAUAAUCGCACUUGGUUGAUUUUACCCUUACUGGGACAAGAGAAGAACUUGUAGUUAGAAAGUAACCAUGACAGCAGCUGCUGCUCUACAGAUUGGAGACCAGCUGAUCCUGGAAGAGGACUAUGAUGAGAACUAUAUCCCCUCCCAACAAGAGAUCCAUGAGUAUGCACGAGAGAUUGGCAUUGAUCCCAAUCAGGAGCCGGAGCUCCUAUGGCUGGCCAGGGAGGGCAUUGUUGCCCCACUGCCUCCCGAAUGGAAACCCUGGUGCUGAAGUGACCCCCUCCUCUCCCUCCUCUCGCAGUCAGGACGUGUCGGGGGACGUGUACUACUUCAACUUCUCCUCGGGCCAGUCCACCUGGGACCACCCGUGUGACGAGCAAUACCGCAGCCUGGUAAAACAGGAGCGCGAACGAGCCGGCACCCAGCCACACGGGCCCCCCACCGCCGCCGCUAAGAAGAAGGAGAAGAAGAAAAAAGACAAGAAGGAGCCAAAGAAGAAGGUGAAAGACCAAGAGCUCCUGAAGCCACCAGGACCGUUGAGCUUGGCCCUUGGUCCUCUGCAGGCCCCAUUGGGUAGCCUGGGGAGCCUUGCUCCUCUACGGGGUCUUGAUGGCGCAGCCUUGAGGGGGUCCCUGGGCAGCUCUGGAGGGCUGGAGUCCCUGAAGAGUCCGCUUGGGGGUCCUCUCUCAAGCCUGGGGUCCAGCCUACUGGGAGGGCGCCAGGAGGAGCGCGUGUCUUUCUCUCUGCCUGGGUUCGAGGAUGAUGAGGGUAACAUCUCAGAGGAUGAUCAGCCGAGUCCUCUUGGCUCGGCCAGACUGUUACAGAACUUGCACCUGGACUUGGAUGCGUUGGGUGGAGGGCUGCAGUAUGAGGACAGUGAGGCCAGUGGAGUGGCCCCACCAGAGGAGAGGACAGAAGCAGAGCUACGGGACCUGGCCCUGUCUGGAGAGCACAGCCCUGAGCCCCCCCCUCAACAGGACUCCCUUCGUGGACGCCACCUCCCCUCCUGUCCACCAUGCGGAGGCAGCAGGGACUGCCCCCCUACCCCAGACCCCCAGCAUGCUAAAACUAGAGACAGUGGAGAGGAGGAGGAGGAGGAGGAAGAUUAUGAGGAGGGGUGGGGAGAGGAUGGAGAUAGUGUGGUUGAGGAGGAAGGAGGUGAAGAGGAGAACCAGGGAGAAGAGGGACAAGCGAGUGAGAAGAAGAAAGGAGAGGAGGAGGGCAAGGACGUUGAGGCUGAGGUCACUGAGGAGGUAGAAUGUGUAGAAAAGUUGGAGGAGGCAGAGGAGCAAAGUGAUGAGGUCAUAAAGAGGUGUGUAAAAAGUGAAGAAGGGGAGGAAGAGGGGACUGGUGACGUAGUUGAGAAAAGUGUGGAAAAAGUCAAUAGAAAGGAGGAAGAACAAGGAAGAGAUGAAAAGAUAGAGAGAUAUCUUGGAGAGCAAGAAGAGAGGGAUGAGGUAGUAGAGCAAUGUUUUAAAAAUGAAGAACUUGAUAAACAGGUAGAAGAAAGAAAUGAGCUGGUUGAGAGCGGUGUUAAAAGUGAGGGAGAACAAAAAGCAGAAGAGAGUGAUGAGGGAGUUGACAGAUGCAAUACAAGUGAGGAAGAAGGAGAGGAAAAAGAGGGGGAACAGGAGGAAGAGAGUGAUAAGGGAGUAGAUAGAUAUUUGAAAGAGAUGGAAGGAGGCGAUGAAGAGGAAAGUGAGAUAGUGGGGGAGAGAGAUUUGAAAAGCAAGCAUGUGGAAAGGAAGGAAGAGACUGUCAGAGACAGUGUAGAGGAGAAGAAAGAGGAGGACGAUGAGGCAAAGGGAGAUGAGGAUAGUGAUGAAGUGUUUGAGAGGUGGUUUAAAGAGGAGGAAGGCAAAGAGGAGGGUGAGAGUGAGGUGGUAGAGAGAUGUGUGAAAAGUGAAGAAGAGGAGGGUGAGAGUGGAGUGGUAGAGAGAUGUGUGAAAAGUGAAGAAGAGGUGGACGAGGAGGGUGAGAGUGAGGUGGUAGAGAGAUGUGUGAAAAGUGAAAAAGAGGAGGGUGAGAGUGGGGUGGUAGAGAGAUGUGUGAAAAGUGAAGAAGAGGAGGGUGAGAGUGAGGAGGUAGAGAGGUGUGUGAAAAGUGAGGAAGAGGAGGGUGAGAGUGAGGUGGUAGAGAUAUGUGUGAAAAGUGAAGAAGAGGAGGGUGAGAGUGGAGUGGUAGAGAGAUGUGUGAAAAGUGAAGAAGAGGAGGGUGAGAGUGAGGUGGUAGAGAGGUGUGUGAAAAGUGAAAAAGAGGAUGGUGAGAGUGGGGUGGUAGAGAGAUGUGUGAAAAGUGAAGAAGAGGAGGGUGAGAGUGAGGUGGUAGAGAGGUGUGUGAAAAGUGAGGAAGAGGAGGGUGAGAGUGAGGUGGUAGAGAGGUGUGUGAAAAGUGAGGAAGAGGUGGAAGAAGAGGGUAAAGAAGAGGGUGAGAGUGAGGUGUUGGAGAUGUGUGUGAAAAGUGAGGAAGAGGUGGAAGAAGAGGGUGAGAGUGAAGUGUUGGAGAGGUAUGUGAAAAGCGAGGAAGUGGAGGAAAGUGACAAAGUCUUGGAAAGAUGCUCGCCGAGUGAAAAACGAGCUAGUGAAGGAGUGGAGAGCAGUGAGGAGGAGGUGGAGGGGUGCAUCAAAAGCGAACAAAAAGAAAAGGAAGGAGACAAACUUGAAGAAGACAGUGAUGAGGUGGUGGAAGAAGUGCAAGUCUCACCGAAACCCAAAACAUCCACAAGCUCAGACAAAGUCAUCGAGAGAUUUGAACCACAAACGGUCCAAGUUUGGUCACUGGGGCAGAAGAAGAUGAUAGCGGACCUUAAACGAAGUGACAACAUGGAGGUGUAUGUGGGGAAGAAGAAGAAUGUGCCCAAACAAAGCCCUCUACCAGCAGAGCAGUCCGAGGCCAGCGAGCACAUGGAGGUGGCCUCCUCCUCCACCAAGGACCUCGGGUCUGGUUUUGGCUCCAAGUUAUCAGAGAAAGUCUUGGACCUGAAGGAUCUCUCCCCUGCUGUUAGUCCACUCUUGCAGGAUGAAGAGGGCAAAGUGAAAGCCAGUGCGGCAGAGGAGAAGGAACGGAGGAAGAGGGCAGAAGCUGCAGAGAGGCGUCUUCAAGCUGCAGGCAGAGAGGAUCCAGCAAUGGAGGACAGGCACCCCAGCCAGUCCAGUGAAUCCCAACAGGACACAGGGUCCUCCCAUUCUGAGCCGGAGCCCCGGCCGCGGGCUGAGGGAGUCAGCACCAGCGCCAGCCUAGGGGUGCCGGGUGUCCAGGGGGUCAAGCGGCCUGACACCUCCAGAGGCCGCCUAGUUAGGAGCCCUCACAACCACUACAAGGAGGAAGCCCCUAGACAGGGAGCGGACAGCAGAAGGGCCCAGGAGGAGGAGAGGGACAAGGAGAGGAGGGAGACUGAGAGGGAGAUAGAGGAGGAGAAGGAGCAUGCGCUGCGUGAGAGGCUGGAGAAGGUGCGCCUACUUCAGGAGGAGCUGAGGCGGAAGGAGGAAGAGGAGGAACAGAGGCUGAAGGAGGAGAGCGAAGAGAGGGUCAGGAGCCUGAGGGAGAGGCUCCAGAGUAAGGGGAGGGAAGAGGAGAACAGGCUGAGUGUGGAGUCUGAAAGCAGGCUACUGGAGCUGAGGGAGAUGGCCCGGAGGGAGAGAGAGAACCAGCAACGCAACGUCAGGGAGGAGGGCGAGGCGAUGCUGAGGCAGCUGCGUGCCACCCUGGAGGCGGAGAGAGAGGCGGAGCGAGAGAGGAUAGAGGCCCAGAGGAGGCGGGACCUACAGCGACUGAGGGAGGAGUCAGAGGAGGAGCUACAUGCAGAGAAGCGGAGACUGCUUGGGGAGCGGGAGGAGCAACUCGACUCCCUCAAACAGGAGGGGAGAAGCAGUGCCAGUGAGAGGCGGAGGGAGUUGAAGAGCCCUCGUAGCCCAGAGCAACAUCUAGCAGAAUACCAAAAAGAGUUGGGAGACGUGCUCCAGGAAGUGAGGGAGGAAGUGCAGCGUGACCACGGCAGGAAGCUGGAGCAGCUCAAAGACGACCACCGCAGAGAACUCAACUCAAUCAGAGACAAUUAUCUGGAUCAGGAGGCUGUCCAAAGGGAGCAGUUGCUGUGUGCCCUGCAGGAGGAGCGAGAUCGCCUGCUGGCCACCCACAGCGCCCAGCUGGAGAGACUCCGUACACAGCUAGACUCCCAGCUAUCCAAGACCCGCCAAACGCACACACGCAAGGAGGCAGGGAUUCAGGAGCUGGGGGACAAGCUGGAGCUGAGAGCCAGAGAACUGAAGACCCAGGAGGCAACACUGAAGACCCAGGCAGCGAAUUUGAAGAAGAGGCGGCAGCAGCUUGGGGAUGAAGAGGAUGAGAUAAACAGAGGAAUAGAGGCUCUGCCUGGAGUCAUGCAGGAGAGAGAUGGACUGAGAGAGGAUCUGGAGCGGGUGGAAGGACAGAGGGACAGGGCGAGGCAAGAGGCGGAGAGAGCGAGGGAGGAGAGGACCAAAGUGAGAGACGAGUUGGAGACAAUUAGGGAGGAGAGGGACAAAGCGAAGGAGGAGAGCAGGAGGAUGAAGGAGGAGCGGGACCGACUAGAGAGCAAGGUGGAGCUGCUGCAGGAGCGCUGUGAUCGGCUGUGCCGCAGAGUCAGUGAUUUGGAGCAGAGUGAGAUCAAGAGGCCUACUUCUAGACUGGACAGAACAGAAGAGGAGGCGGCGAGGAAGGAGGAGAAGGAUAGCGAGGCACCGCCCUCUACUGCUGGACAGGAGAAAGUGCUGCAUGUGGAAGAUCUGAAAGAACCUCCUGUCUUGGAUGACUUGCGUCAGUAUAUCUCCUCUGAGGGGCUGUCCCUGCAGAAAGCCCGGCGCUUCCUGGAGAGGGAGAGUGGUCGUCUGAGUGAGAGACAGGCAGCACUGCAGGCAGCUCAGGCCCAGUCCAGCUCCUCUCAGUACCCCAACACCACCAGCCACGCCCAGGCCACACAGGAGAUGUACAGGAACCUGCAGCAGGUGCGUGAGGCCAGUGACGUGGAGGAGUUGAGGGUGACUGUGAAGAGGGGGAACUCGCUGCUGCGCAGGAAGGAGGAGAGACUGCAACAGCUAGAGAGCUCCGUAGCUGAAGAGGUCUCCCCUCAUCACUACUAUGAUGACCAGGACAGACUGGUGACUGAUAGGAAGGUGGCCUUUGAUGUGACUGAAUCGGAUAUGAGCAGCUUCAGCAAUGGCCUUGAUGGCCCUGGUGAGGAGCCCACAGUGCCGGCUAAGGUGCAGCACUUAGCCGAGUCGCUCCAGCACAUCUCUGGCCAGCUCAGCACAGUCCUGGGGGCCCUGGGCUCCCUGACCCAACGUCAGACCCCUUACCAGCCUCUCCCCCUACCCCUGCCCCUCUCCCAGCCCCGAACCCCCACCUCAAUGCCUCUUUCACAGCUCUCCAUGCCUCUGUCUGGGCCCUCUUGGGCGUGGGCCCCUCACAGCACCUCCAUCCAGCCACGGGGUUCUGAGGACCUGCUCAACAGCCGCUGGGCCAAGCUCUUCCCUGGGGCUCCUAUUGAGUCCAUAGCCACCAGUUCCUUGAGGACACAUACGCUUUAUUCAGGGUACAGUCCUGCAAGCGAGCAGGCUCGUAGUCUGUCCUCCAUGCAGCCUCAGUCGGUGGAGAUGGAUGGCCAGAGGCUACAGGGUCUGAUCGACGGCAACAAGAGAUGGCUGGAGACACGCAGGAAAGACCCCAGUGUACCUCUGUUCACGCGUUAUCGGACCCCCCCAACUAUGAGUGGACUGGUCCAGCUGAGCCUGGAUGACAACAACCAGAUUAAAGUGUACCAUUACUAAAGGGGGGUGGGUGGAGUUACAUACGGAGCAAGGAUCAACACAAGCCGAUAAAGAUGUACUGUUACUGAAAAAGGGCUAAGGACUUGGGUGGGUUUUUAAAAUGAACUUGGAGUAAUGCAGGGAUCCCUCUAGCUCUGGCCCAGGGCGUUACUGGAGGAACCCCCUCGACUAUGUGUGGACCAAAGGAAUGUCCUGGACCAGAGCUAGGAUUCCUCUACAACCAGAUUUACAUAUCAGAUUACUGUAAGAAACAUUUUUAAGACAUCUGUCCUCUGGUGAACUCCACUUUAGCUGCGAUUGUGUUUCAGUGGACUCGUUUUAUUCCAUUGGCAUGCAAGGGUGAAUAGCUUGGGAUUAUGGAGACAAUAGCCCCGUAGUCAACAAACCAGUUUGUUUCCCAAGUUUUUGGCCUCUGGCUAUUUAAAUGUUUCAAAAGCAGAUUGCAUAGUUGUUACAUAUACAAUAGGUGCUUCACUUUAUUAGGAGAGACAUCUGGAGGUUGGAGUGAGAUACUGUUGAUAGCUGACAUAAGAUCAUUGUCAUGGUAUCAAGUUGUAUAAGAGACGCAUCACUCAUUCCACUGUGUGAGAAGUUCAAGCCAUACCAUAAUAACCACUACAAGGGCAAGACAAUGACUUGUGAGGGAUUCGCAGUCUUUAUGAAAUUCUGGUAAGAGGGACUCUUCCAGUGUUUUACUGUGCAGAUAGACGUAUGAAAUUUUUACCAUAUUUUUUUAUAAGAAACAUUUUAAUAAAUGUAAAGUGGUGUAUAUUCAUAAUGCCAAACUUUCA